AUGACGGAUUCGAAUGAGGAUGAAACGGCACAACAAGAACAGCUGAAAACUAUGAUCUCGGAAGAGAUUGGAAGGGCAAUCCAAGCAAGUACUCCUCACUUAGCCCAAGAAGUGGAAAGUCAUGUGCUAGAAAUAGUAGAAUCAAUGAUGACGAGUAAGAUAGACGAGUUAAAGGGAAUGAUCAAUGCAAUGCAAGAAAGGAAAGGAACUCGCAAGUGCACUUACAAAGAAUUUAUGGCGUGCAACCCGUUACCAUUCAAAGGAGAAAUUGAUCCUAUAGUAUGUCAAAGGUGGAUUGCAAGUACGGAAGCGGUGUUCGUAAGGAGUCAUUGUGAAAAGGAGGAUCAAGUGAUGUUCGCCACCGGUUUGCUACAACUCCGAGCUAAGGAUUGGUGGGAUGUUUAUAGUAAAGAGCUUGGGGAAGAAAAAGUUCAAGUCUUGACGUGGCAGGAGUUCAAGGAACCUUUUCUGAAGCAUCAUUGUCCACAAUCUGCCAUCGACAAGAUCCAAGAAGAUUUCUUACAUCUUCGUCAGAAAGAUGAAACCAUUGAUGAAAUCACCAACGUUUUCCUUGACAAGCUGAAGUUCUGUAACGAGAUAGCAGGAACGGAGAGAAUGAAGAUAAACCGUUAUUACGGUAUGUUGAAGGCUGAAUAUCGGGAGUUCAUAAUUCCCGCUAAAUGUGAAACUUUGAAUGAGCUCAUUGAACUGGCCCGAGAUAGGGAGAUUGAAAUGAGAAGACAGGCGGAAAGGGGCGAAAAGAGAGCAUCUGAAAAUGUUUCUAGCUCGAGCCCUUCAAAGAAACCAAAAUUUCAAGAUCAAGGCAAGAAGGAUAAGGCGAAGGGUAGUAUUCCAAAAUGCAAAACGUGCGGAAAGUUACCCACGGGGGAAUGUUUGAAAGGGAAAAAGGGUUGUUACAACUGUGGUCAAGAGGGGCACCCAUACUAUAGGUGCCCUAAUCCUUCAAGAACGUGUUACAACUGUUUCCAACCGGGUCAUAUUAAGGCUGAGUGUCCCAAGCUUCAACAGAAAACUGAUAAGGAGGCAAGAAAGGAGGAAGCCCCAAGAGCUAAGGGGAGGAUGUUUCAGAUCACAACCGAGGAAGCGAAGGACCAUCCGAAUGUUGUAUCAGGUAUAUUCUCAUUGAACUCGAUGCCUACGUAUGUGUUAUUUGAUACCGGUGCCAGUAGAUCGUUUGUAUCAAGUGAAUUAGUGUCACACCCCUCCUUUAGAAUCGAAAGACUGCGUGUACCAUUAGAAGUAGAAAUAGCCGAUAGUAAGAGUUACUUGUUGCACGAAGUUUGUAGAGAUUGUGAAAUAAUCAUUGAAGACGAAAAGUUUGCUAUCGACCUUAUUCCCGUGAUAUUGGGGGAAUUUAAGGUUAUAGUUGGCAUGGAUUGGCUAGCUAAGCAUCAGGCCGAAAUUCAAUGUGAGAAGAAGGGGUUACCCCGGUGA